UUAUCUAUCUCUCUUUCUUCUUCAUAGGAUUAAUCAAUCAAUAUCUGUGUCCGACACUCUGACAGGUUUGAGAAUCAAGCAAAAAAAAGAAAAGAAAUGGGUGGUCUGUCUUUAACCUCCAGCGGCGGCAGCUUCACUCACAAAGUGUUUCUCCUCUGCAACUACAUCCUCUUGGGUGCAGCUUCAAGUUGCAUCUUCCUCACACUUUCUCUCCGUCUAAUUCCAUCCCUAAUCGGUUUCCUAGUAAUCCUCCUCCACAUACUCACCAUUGCAGGCGCCAUUUCCGGUUGCGCUGCCGCCUCUUCGUCCUCUUCCGCCGGAAAACGGUGGUAUGGAGUCCAUAUGGUAUCUACAGUUCUAACAGCCAUAUUUCAGGGAUCGGUGGCGGUGCUGAUCUUCACAGCAACUGAUGAAUUUCUUGGAAGGUUGAAAUCUUAUGUUAGAGUAGAUGACGGUGCCUUAAUCUUGAAAUUGGCUGGUGGGCUUUGUAUGGUGAUCUUCUGUUUGGAAUGGAUUGUUCUUACAUUGGCGUUCUUCUUGAAUUACUAUGCUUAUGUUGAUGGAAAUGGAACUGGGAACAAUAAUUUUAAUAACUCAGAGAUGAAGAUGGGUAAUUCAAAGGUGGGAUCUUGCUACCAAGAGGAAGUUUAAUUGGUUGAUUUAUUAAUUAAUUCUUUAUUAUUUGUGUGUAAUUCAUUCUUCUUUUCUUGUGUGAUUAAUUAAUUCAAUGAAAGAUUGAUAAUCUACAUUUAAAUUUUGAUUUCCUCCUAA